AUAAAUUCACUACCUUACUCAAUUGUCUUCCUAAAUCAACAUGUUUCCUCCAGUAUGCGACAUUUUGACCGGGCAGCUCUGUUUGCUGAAGCCUGCCUGGAGUUUGGGGUUCUCAUCCUGAAUGAAGAAACUAGUUCCCUGAUCGAGGCUAUUUUCCUGGAGUACGCUCGCUACCUGCACAGCCUGGGGAACCUGACGGCCAUGGAACACUACUGUCACAAGGCAGGGGGCAAAGGUCAGCAGCUGCUCAGGGACGUGCAGAUGGAGAACGCUCAGCUUCAGGAGAAAACAGCCGGGGAAGGCAGCGGGGAUGGAGGGGCAGACCAGGAGGGAGAUGCUGACACUAGUGAGGGGGUAGAGGAGGGGCUGUUGUAGUCUUACACAUCUAAGCUGGUUAGGGACUAGGGAUGGGUACAGCUGAGGCUUAUUGUAAAAUUCAUUAACAUAGAAUUGAUAACAUUGGUAAAACAUUGUCUUUAAUCUCUAGUUACAUUUUAGUUCUUGCAUUGGUCACUUGUUUGUUUUCAAAGACUCCAAAAUGAUGCCUUUUGUUAUCAAAAUUGUGUAGAUGGUAAAUUAUUUUCCCUC